AAAGAUGGCGGCGGCGGUGGCGGCGGCGGCGUUGGGGGCGCGGAGCCGCGGGAGGAGGAGGGAAAAGCAGAAUCUGUGAGUCGCCUGGAGGCAGCGCGGCGGCUGCCGUGAGGAGGCCGGGUGCGGAGCCGCCGGUGGCCCAGCCGCUCAGGGCCAGGGCCUGGGCUGGGAGGGAGAGGCCGGAGCAGCGCCAGGAGCCCGAGGCCGGAGCCGAGGAGGAAUGUGACCAGGGGUCGGCGAGGGCGCGGGAGUACGCGAGAGCAGGGAUGGGGCAGCAGGUGGGCCGCGUCGGGGAAGCUCCGGGGCUCCAGCAGCCUCAGCCCCGCGGGAUCCGGGGCAGCAGUGCAGCCAGGCCCUCCGGCCGCAGGCGGGACCCGGCGGGGCGCACCACAGAGACCGGCUUCAAUAUCUUCACCCAGCAUGAUCACUUUGCCAGCUGUGUGGAGGAUGGAUUUGAGGGAGACAAGACUGGAGGCAGUAGUCCAGAAGCUUUGCAUCGUCCCUAUGGUUGUGAUGUUGAACCCCAGGCACUAAAUGAGGCUAUCAGGUGGAGCUCCAAGGAGAACUUGCUCGGAGCCACCGAGAGUGACCCUAAUCUCUUCGUUGCACUUUAUGAUUUUGUAGCAAGUGGUGAUAACACACUCAGCAUCACUAAAGGUGAAAAGCUACGAGUCCUUGGUUACAACCAGAAUGGCGAGUGGAGUGAAGUUCGCUCUAAGAACGGGCAGGGCUGGGUGCCAAGCAACUACAUCACCCCAGUGAACAGCCUGGAAAAACACUCCUGGUACCAUGGACCUGUGUCACGCAGUGCAGCUGAGUAUCUGCUCAGCAGUCUAAUCAAUGGCAGCUUCCUGGUGCGAGAAAGUGAGAGUAGCCCUGGGCAGCUGUCCAUCUCGCUCAGGUACGAGGGACGUGUGUAUCACUACAGGAUCAAUACCACUGCAGACGGCAAGGUGUAUGUGACUGCUGAGAGCCGCUUCAGCACCUUGGCAGAGCUUGUACACCAUCACUCCACAGUGGCUGAUGGGCUGGUGACAACAUUACACUACCCAGCACCCAAGUGUAAUAAGCCUACAGUCUAUGGUGUGUCCCCCAUCCACGACAAAUGGGAAAUGGAGCGAACAGAUAUUACCAUGAAGCACAAACUUGGGGGCGGUCAGUAUGGAGAGGUUUACGUUGGCGUCUGGAAGAAAUACAGCCUUACAGUUGCUGUGAAAACAUUGAAGGAAGAUACCAUGGAGGUAGAAGAAUUCCUGAAAGAAGCUGCAGUAAUGAAGGAAAUCAAGCAUCCUAAUCUGGUACAACUUUUAGGUGUGUGUACUUUGGAGCCACCAUUUUACAUUGUGACUGAAUACAUGCCAUACGGGAAUUUGCUGGAUUACCUCCGAGAAUGCAACCGAGAAGAGGUGACUGCAGUUGUGCUGCUCUACAUGGCCACUCAGAUUUCUUCUGCAAUGGAGUACUUAGAGAAGAAGAAUUUCAUCCAUAGAGAUCUUGCAGCUCGUAACUGCCUAGUGGGAGAAAACCAUGUGGUAAAAGUGGCUGACUUUGGCUUAAGUAGAUUGAUGACUGGAGACACUUAUACUGCUCAUGCUGGAGCCAAAUUUCCUAUUAAGUGGACAGCACCGGAGAGUCUUGCCUACAAUACCUUCUCAAUUAAAUCUGACGUCUGGGCUUUUGGGGUAUUGUUGUGGGAAAUUGCUACCUAUGGAAUGUCACCAUAUCCAGGUAUUGACCUGUCUCAGGUCUAUGACCUACUAGAAAAAGGAUAUCGAAUGGAACAGCCUGAGGGAUGCCCCCCUAAGGUUUAUGAACUUAUGAGAGCAUGCUGGAAGUGGAGCCCUGCCGAUAGGCCCUCUUUUGCUGAAACACACCAAGCUUUUGAAACCAUGUUCCAUGACUCCAGCAUUUCUGAAGAGGUAGCUGAGGAGCUUGGGAGAGCCGCCUCCUCGUCAUCUGUUGUUCCGUACCUGCCCCGGCUACCUAUACUUCCUUCCAAGACUCGGACACUGAAGAAACAGGUGGAGAACAAGGAGAACAUUGAAGGGGCACAAGAUGCCACAGAAAAUUCUGCUUCCAGUUUAGCACCAGGGUUCAUCAGAGGUGCACAGGCCUCUAGUGGAUCCCCAGCACUGCCUCGAAAGCAAAGAGACAAGUCACCCAGCAGCCUCUUGGAAGAUGCCAAAGAGACAUGCUUCACCAGGGAUAGGAAGGGGGGCUUCUUCAGCUCCUUCAUGAAGAAGAGAAAUGCUCCUACACCCCCCAAACGCAGCAGCUCCUUCCGAGAAAUGGAGAAUCAGCCCCAUAAGAAAUACGAACUCACGGGUAACUUCUCAUCUGUUGCUUCUCUACAGCAUGCUGAUGGGUUCUCUUUCACUCCUGCCCAGCAAGAGGCGAAUCUGGUGCCACCCAAGUGCUAUGGGGGGAGCUUUGCACAGAGGAACCUCUGUAAUGACGACAGUGGUGGGGGUGGGGGCAGUGGCACUGCUGGGGGUGGGUGGUCUGGCAUCACAGGCUUCUUUACACCACGCUUAAUCAAAAAGACACUGGGCUUACGAGCAGGUAAACCCACAGCCAGUGAUGACACUUCCAAGCCUUUUCCAAGGUCAAACUCUACAUCUUCCAUGUCCUCAGGGCUUCCAGAGCAGGAUAGGAUGGCAAUGACCCUUCCCAGGAACUGCCAGAGGUCCAAACUCCAGCUGGAAAGGACAGUGUCCACCUCUUCUCAGCCAGAAGAGAAUGUGGACAGGGCCAAUGACAUGCUUCCAAAAAAAUCAGAGGAAAGUGCUGCUCCAAGCAGGGAGAGACCAAAAGCCAAGUUAUUGCCCAGAGGAGCCACAGCUCUUCCUCUCAGAACACCCUCUGGGGAUCUAGCCAUUACAGAGAAGGACCCUCCAGGGGUGGGAGUGGCUGGAGUGGCAGCUGCCCCCAAGGGCAAAGAGAAGAAUGGUGGGGCACGACUUGGGAUGGCUGGAGUUCCAGAGGAUGGAGAGCAGCCUGGCUGGCCUUCUCCAGCCAAGGCUGCCCCCGUCCUCCCAACCACUCACAACCACAAAGUGCCAGUCCUUAUCUCACCCACUCUGAAACACACUCCAGCUGACGUGCAGCUCAUUGGCACAGACUCUCAGGGGAAUAAAUUCAAGCUCUUAUCUGAGCAUCAGGUCACAUCCUCUGGAGACAAGGACCGACCCCGACGGGUAAAACCAAAGUGUGCCCCACCCCCACCACCAGUGAUGAGACUACUGCAGCAUCCGUCCAUCUGCUCAGACCCUACAGAAGAGCCGACUGCCCUAACUGCAGGACAGUCCACGUCAGAAACACAGGAAGGAGGAAAGAAGGCAGCUCUGGGCGCAGUGCCCAUCAGUGGGAAAGCUGGGAGGCCAGUGAUGCCUCCACCUCAAGUGCCUCUGCCCACAGCUUCCAUCUCGCCAGCCAAAAUGGCCAAUGGCACAGCAGGUACUAAAGUGGCUCUGAGAAAAACCAAACAGGCCGCUGAGAAAAUCUCAGCAGACAAAAUCAGCAAAGAGGCCCUGCUGGAAUGUGCUGACCUACUGUCCAGUGCAAUCACGGAACCUGUGCCCAACAGCCAGCUGGUAGACACUGGACACCAGCUGCUUGACUACUGCUCAGGCUAUGUGGACUGCAUCCCUCAAACUCGCAACAAAUUUGCCUUCCGAGAGGCUGUGAGCAAACUGGAACUCAGCCUGCAGGAGCUACAGGUUUCUUCAGCAGCUGCUGGUGUGCCCGGGACAAACCCUGUCCUUAAUAACUUAUUGUCAUGUGUACAGGAAAUCAGUGAUGUGGUGCAGAGGUAGCCACUGUUAGCCUGGUGGGAAAAUGCACACAUUUCUGAGGGGAGAGGGAAAAGGACUUGUUUUCCUGUGUUCUUGUUUUCAGAAAAUGAAAGACUCAUACUUGAGUGUGUUUAUGUGAAGUACCUCAGAUCCCUGAGUUCUGACGUUUACAGUUUCAUCUCAAAAAUAAGGAAACCACAUAAGUAUAGGAGAGGUAAAUUAAGUGGGGGCAAGGCAGUAGUGGACAGGGUUGGAAACUGCACUGGAAAAUAGGGAACAUGUGUAUGUCAUAAGGAAGGCAAUGCAGCCCAUCCCUACCUGGAAUGCUGGGAAGUGCUAGGCAGGGCUGCUCUCAGCAAGACUGCAGCAGCUGCACCCAGACCUGGGGCUCUGGUAGGUACUAAUGGUGAUUAUGCUCUGAUUUACCUAAUGAAUUUGGUGGGACAGCAGAAAAGAAAGCUGGGAAUGUACCAAGAGAAAUUUUUGUUCAGGGCUGUUGGAAGUAGCUGUUAGCCUUGCUUCCACGAGGCCAUUGCUGCUGUAAUAAGAACUGCAAAUCAGUGCUACAACAUAAAACUGGGAAAUAUGGCCCUAUCUGAAUGCCUCUGUCCUAUUUUCCACUGGUGUAUCAGUUAGUGCAGGAAGUAAAGAAUGCUGGAAAGUUGAAUCAGAGAUUGAAAACCUUCUAAAAUCUUACACAGAUUAGCAGAAGUCACUUCUCCCAGUCUGGUAUAUUAUUUCAUAAUGGACCAGGUUCGGCUUCCUGCCUGUUGGUGGCUAUCUGUAAACCAUAAAUACAGGGGUCUCCCUAGUGGUUCUUCUCUGUCUUUUGCUAGGCAGGCUGUCUUCCUUUAUUCCUGGUAGCAUUCAGAGCAUUAACCAGUGUUGAUUUUGAAAAUAGUAGUCCCUACAGGUUCUCACAAAGGAAUGCAUCCUGUUCUGAUACAGUUCCCCUGCAUACUGACAUACUGGCCAAGGACUUGAGCAGCUGUGUAUUUUUCUUUAUCAACUAAAAUACCAGGGAGAUGGUCUUUUCUUGAAACCCAGUGGCCUGUGUGUGACUGAGAGGAAAAGCUGGCUUGGUCCUAAUGGCUGUUUCUCUGUACCUUUCCCCUCCGUUACCACCUUAAGCCCAAUCCAGGUAGAGAAUAGGGAGAGGCAUUCUCCUCUCUAUGGAUUUGAAGUGAAUCACCCCCACAUUAUUCUCACAUGCUUUUCUUCUCUCACAUAUUCCUCCCUACUCCCCCACCCAAUCAUUGUGCUUAUUUAUACAGAUCUUAUUGGGAAUAUUCUUUAUUUAUUUUGUCAUUUCACUUCUAUUUUAAGAAUGCAUAAUUGAAGGAGUAGUCAUUUUCAGGGAGCACCAGGUAGACCCUGGGAACCUAAUGACUUAAUCCUUAAAUAUGUUUUGCCCUUGAAAAAUAGGCCUUUUCCUUCCUUCCUUAGUUAUAAUUGUGGAAGCUAAUUAGGAUGGCAUGGAAGUGAAUCUAAUGAGUUAGGUAUUAUUAAUGUUCUUGGUAUCGGGUCUAAUUCCAGUUACUGCUUCAUUCUCUUUUUAAAGCUUUAUGAAUACUUCCCCCAUCCUCCCCAAGGAGAGCUCAAUACACACAUAUUUUUAUUUUAUUCUCUCAAAGGAAUAUUAGCUUAGGAAGAUAGGAAUUCAACAUUGAGCACUGAGUUUUCUUCUGGCUCUGUCAUUGAUACACUGUCAAACCACAGCCUCAUCUCUUAAUCUAUUCAAUUAAGGUAACAGUACAUGUUCUCAAGGGUGUUGCAAGUAAGUGUGCAGCUAUCCCUUGGAGAGCCUCUCUGGAAAGCUCUUUUAGUGCAGGGUUGUUAUGCUGAAUGGUUUUCCAUUAUCUUAUUUGCUGAGUAGAAAAUAUUAAUGAAAUUAAGAAUUGUUGAGAUUAUAUGAAUUGGGCUAGAAUACUAAGGGGAAAACUAUGUUUUGAAUAGAGUUUGGCAUUUUUGACCAAGAACAAAAUUGGGUUUUCAUUGGAAAGAAAGGAAACCUUGAUUCUUACCAUUGCUGCUCCAAAGGAGGCCCAGGUUAAGAGGAUUAGAGGAGACACGCGGUGCUGGGCAUUCCUGGCAGGUGUUGGGUGAUCCCUGCAGUAUGUCACCUGCAGUUGCAGCACAGGCAGCUAGUGAUUGGGUUCAUCUCCUCCUAGUGGUUGGAAGAGAACUCAGAUGUAAAAACCAGCAGUCCUUCUCCCACUUUCUUUCCUGCCAUUCUUGCUCAUCAUACAUGUCCGUAAACUUGAAGAACUCGUUUUAGCAGCUAGCCUUUUAAGGUCGAGGAUGGGAAAGCUAAAACUGUAGAAUAUUAUUAUGCUGCUUUUUAGGUUUAUCCCUGUUGUUGUGGGAUGCAAGUUAAGGGAUUGUAAUUGUUUUUCAGGGUUUUUUUGUUUUUUGUUUUUUAAGCAAGGGCUCUAUUUUCCCUUGAGAGUUCUGGAACUAAGCCUUGGAGAAACACUACUGAGUGUAUUUAGGCUCCCUGGUUUUCUUGCCCAACAACAAUCUGAAGGGUAGGGGGUGGGGGCUGUGUCUUACUCAGGGGCAGCACCUAGCUGUCUUGCCUACAGUGGGUGCACAAUAUAUAAAUGGAAUUGAUUUUUGUCAACACUGUCAAGAGUGGCAUUGACUAUUGGAGCACACCCCGUCCACAUGAUGCUUGAACUAUGUAACUUCAGGGGUUGAGGGCUCAAGGUUCAGGUUAAAGAGGCACUGUCAACUUACUAUACAAGCAUAAUUUAGGUUUUUCCUUUUUCUACUUGAAAAGGACCAGCUUAAACACAAACCCUUAUGUAAAUUAAAAGGUUUGAAUCCAAAGCAGAGAAAACUGCUUCUAGAAAAGUGUAGUUUAAUUUUAACUAUUCUAAAAGCAAUGAGCAAAGGCCCUUGUCCAAGGCGUUGACAGUUUUCUAAAGUGGUUAUGCUGUAUUUCUGGAUGCAUGCCUUUGGGCUGCCACUGCUUGAUUCCUUUCAUGUACAGAUAAUAUUACUUCAGUUUAGAUUUCCCACUUUAAAAUGCAGUGAUUUGUGUUGAAUACAUCUUGAUUGUGCUUUACCUAAAGUAUUUUCUUAAAAGGCUUUGUGUAAAAUUUAAAUGUAUAUAUUUUCCUGUAGACUUCCAUCAUGAUUUUCAGAGAUUAGCCUUAAAAAAUUUGGCCCUAAGAAAUUCAUUCAAUGUUUUUCUAGAUGACCUCUGUACAUAGAGGUCAUUAUAGUGGAGACCCUUUACCAGCAGCAUUUUAAGAUUUAAAUUAGAUAGAAAGUUUCUUAGGAUUCAACUGAAAGUUGGCUAGUAAAAUAUGUCCCAGGUAAUAAAGCAUGCUGACUUUGCUAAGGCACUGCCCAUUUUUAUUUAACUAAAGUCAUGGAGAUUUUGAGUUUAAAGGAUGCAGUAUAGAUAGUGGUUUAGUGUUUAGGCUCUAAUGCCAGUCUAAAAGGCAAGUCAUUUAACCUUGGGAGCCUCAGUUUCCUCACUGUAAAACAGGGAUAAUAAUAGUAACUACCUCAGGGUUGUUGUAAGGAUUAAAUGAGAUGAUAUUUGUAAGAUACUUAGCUCAAGUGCCUGGCACACAAUGAGCACACUCUAUAAAUGUUCUACUACUACUAUUAUUAACACCUAGUCUAGGGAUGCACAGCAGAAUCCCCUAGGGUUAAAAAACAAAACAAAACAAACAAAAAAAACUGACGGAAUAGCCCCACUCCAGAUCAGAAUUCCCAAUGGGCUGGGGUCUCGGCCAGUGUAUUCUCCAGUAAUCUCGCCAGGUGUUUGAAACACCCAGUGCUAUCUGAAAACUAUCAGUACCCCAACCCUUUUCUUUAUAGAUUAAGAAACUAGCAGAAGAUGGUUAAGUUACUUGCCUGUUGUCUCAGAAUGGUUAAUUAGUGGCAGAGCCAAGGCUAGAAUUCAAGUCUCUUGACUUUAUGGUUGUGGGGUCUUUCCACCAUACCUGCUGCCAUGUGAGACACUGCAAAAAAGUGGCUCAGACCGACAAUCAGCCUUUGUGGUGCUGCACACUUUCUAAAGCACAUGCUCCUGACACUUUGACCUUAAGGGGCUUGAAUGUGGAGUAAUGGGAACACAAGCCAAGCAAGCACUCAGUAGAAUUCAGUCAUUUAAAAAAUUCUAUGGGGUCAUUCUUUUGGACAGACCUCAGCAACACAGCAAUGUGCACUUUGUAGUAAAGAAAUACCAACUUGAGUUUUUAAAAAACCUAGUUAGUCCUACAUUCCCUUUUCUUUAAAAAAACUUUAUUGUUCACAUUAUUUUAAUGACUAUGAGAUAAUGUAUAUGAGAGCACUUUGAGAAAAUAUCAACUGUAAUAUAACUAUCAGGUUGUAGUAUUGUCUGUUUAAAAGAUAAGACAGUUGAUUCAAUGUGGAUGGACCCUGUGGGGUAUCUAAAAAUGUAGAUACGUAAGAAUCACCUCUGUCAUUUAUCACAUUUAGAAAUAUGAAACUGCUUAACAAGUAUGAGCAGGUAUAGCAAGUGUUUGCUAAAGUUGUAGUUCAGAGCUGAAUUACUUCAGGAAACUAGGGACCAACUUUUUGGUUUAAUUCUGAUCUUUAAAAAGUAAGAAUGUGUACUCACUCCAGAACACAGAAGCUCUUCCAGGGACCUUGACUCAAGAAGGAUGAGGUCCUCUUACUCUUCUCCAUUUAUCCACUAUAUGCUUGGCCAUUUAUCCUAAAUGUGGUGGGAACAGACUUGUUAUCUGUUGAUGUUGACAGUGUCUUUUUUAACCUAUGUCCUGCAUAGUUUUGUUAGGUUUACAGGGGGAGGUGGAUGGCCGUAAAACCAGUGCACUUUGGGAAUUACUUUUCUAGGAUUUCCUACCAGUUAUAAAUGACAUUGACAUUUGUCAUCUUUUUUUUCUUUUUCUAAAAAGAAUAGCUGAAUUUAAUUCACCUAUUAUAAAAUACUCAAAAGUAAAUUGCAUUGGUGGCCACUUUUGAAUUAUAGCUACAUUUCAUUAUGACCCCUUCUGCUCCCUUCCAUUUUGCUGCUGAUGUCAUUCUUGUUAUCAGGCUGUGCCCCUACCAGGAGUUCAUAUUGGGUUGACGGGGUUAUCUAUAUUUUUGUUUUUGAUUUUUGAGUUUCAUCAUCUUGCAUUAAAUUGUUCCACCUGGAUUUGGGGUUCAUCUCUGUGCCCUAAGGAUCUGCUAUGACCAAUCCUCUUUUUGUAGGUGGGUCUCUGGCUUAAGUAUUGAUAGGCUUCAGCGGUUUGUGUCUCUGUCUUAGCUUGUAUCAAGCCAGUAGUAGCUCACUUCCUUUGUAAAUUCCUGCUUCAGUCUGGGAUCCGUAGGAGUAUGUGAGAACUUCUGAAACGUCUCCAACUCUUAACAGUCAAGAUAUCUAUAUCAUUUGGAUAGAGUUCUGGUUUUCCAACUACUAGACUUAAAGAAAUUCUGGCCGGGCGCGGUGGCUCACGCCUGUAAUCCCAGCACUUUGGGAGGCCGAGGCGGGUGGAUCACGAGGUCAGGAGAUCGAGACCAUCCUGGCUAACACGGUGAAACCCCCACCUCUACUAAAAAUACAAAAACUUAGCUGGGCGUGGUGGCGGGCGCCUGUAGUCCCAGCUACUGGGGAGGCUGAGGCAGGAGAAUGGCGUGAACCCAGGAGGCGGAGCUUGCAGUGAGCCCAGAUCGUGCCACUGCACUCCAGCCUGGGUGACAGCGAGACUCCGUCUCAAAAAAAAAAAAAAAAGAAAAAAAGAAAUUCUAAUGCAAAGCUUGCUUUUUUUUCUUUUUUCCAGCAAGCCAGUAGUAAUAGUUAUUGUUACUUGCUCUGUUCAGCACAACUGUAGUUCACUUGAACUUCACUGUCAUUCCCUACGCUCCUCUCUUACUGAGAAGCAUGGGUGGGAUUCAGGGCUGUGGGACAAGCUACAGCUUACUCUGGAGCACUCACCCCCAUGACUCAGUCCAGCCUGUCUCUUGGGAAGUUUAUUGCAAUGUCCAGAAGGAAGAAUUUCUGCUUUUCAUGCCACCUCUCUGAGGUAUGUAUUCUAUCUUGAGUAUGUACAAGAUGAUACCUUUUGGCUGGGCACAGUGGCUCGUGCCUAUAAUCCCAGCACUUUGGGAGACCAAGAUGGGCGGAUCACUUGAGGUCAGGAGUUUGAGACCAGCCUGGCCAACAUGGUGAAACCCCGUCUCUACUAAAAAUAUAAAAAUUAGCCGGGCGUAGUACAUGCCUGUAAUCCCAGCUACUCCUGAGGCUGAGGCAGAAUUGCUUGAACCCAGGAGGCGGAGGUUGCAGUGAGCUGAGAUCGCGCCGCUGCACUCCAGCCUAAGUGACAGAGUGAGACACGUUAAGAGAAAAAAAAAAAAAAAAAAAAGGAUACCUUCAUUUCUGACUCAAUAUCCUAGAUCCAAAGGACAGGAAAUUAGGGAAGGCUUCACCCUGUGGGAUCAAGAUAAGAAGAUCCCAUACUUCUUCCCAGGUAAGGAGGCCUGUGGCAGGUCAUGAUUCAAAGCUGACUUGGAAUGGCAGAAACUGCUGAGAGGCCACCCUUGGAGAUUUGUGCCUUCAAAGAUGGGUUUCAUGAGUCUCAGAGAGGAAAAGACUUGUCAGCUGGGUUGAUUUUGCAUGAUUAUUGAACUAGAGCUGGUAGACACGAGCUUCUCAGAUGGCAGUGGCCAGAUCCUCCAUCUGUGAGAAUCCCCCACUUGAAGUGGUUUCCUGAGAGUGUUCACUUGGCAGUUGCUGCGUUUCUCAAGCCCACCUGGCGAGGUCUCGCCGGACCCUUCCCUCCAAGUGCACUUACUUCUUCAUCCCCAUGUACAUCUCUAACUUUGAAAUUACCUCUCCUACAAAAAUCUUACCUUUUAACCUGAGCAGAGUAGCCAAGCCCUGUUCACUCUGAGGGAGCAGCUGGCGUGUUGAAGGGGAAAGGCCAGGCACAGCACUGUCCUCAGACCACACCAUAUUUGGAGCAGAAUUGUGAUACAUGUCAUCUGUGUCUAUUCUGGAAGGUUCUUUGUUCAUCACUGUACUCGCAUCAGCAAAUUUUCAGGGUCCUACCUGUCACUCCAGGCUACUGAGCUGAACCCUCAGAAGCUGAGGUCUCCGAGCAUGCUGAGUAACCUUUUAGGACACGCUGGAGGCAAACUGUCGAAUGCUAGCAGGCUUUAUGAAAGGAAACAUAAGGAGUUUAUGUAGUCAGAACUUGCUUAAAUUUGCUUCGGAAUCUCAGAACGGGAGUUUUAAAUCAUGUAAUUAGGCACCAUAAACUUUAGUUGGAGAAUGGGACUUAAAUUUUCACAUAUAUGUAUACUUAAUUUUCAGCAAUUAUAACACAAUAAAAAGAAUAUGCAAAUUUAUUGUUGUUUCAGAAGGUUUUGCAGGACUGGGAACGCUUUAGUGUCAUCAACAGUAAACCUCAGAUACUGUUCUGCACAGUUCAGAAGUACCAUACCAGGUAUUGUGAGUGGCAAGAAGGCCAGGAGACAGAGAUGCUUCUGGUAGAUGAGGGCCAGAGAAACCAGCUCUCCUCCAUUUUGACAGCAAUUUCUCACUGUGGCCAUUUGGACUCCGUUAUGUUUUGAGAGGAAUUUCUUGAGAUCUUGAGAAAUCACCAUGAUUAGGCCAAUUGUCAAUUAGUAUUCAGAAACUAGAAAGGAACAAUGAGAUACUUGUUUAUGGUUCUUUAGGGCAUAUGUUUGAAAACCCUCUCAUCUCAGAUCUGUAUGGCUGGUGUGCGUUUGUGUCCAUAAAUGCACGUGCAUUGCUGUCGUGCCCAUUAAGAAAGGGGGAGUAAGUAAAAGAGGAAUCGCUCAGAUCUUUCCUUGGAUGAACAGCAGUGGCAUCGUUGGUGUGUUGACUGUGAACAGGCUGACUUAGCUGUUGACGUAUACUCAGAACCCCCAUCUCCUCCCAGACCCUGCACUUUUCCUUCUCUGCAGUCUGAUUCUCUAAUGACUGUCACUGGACAAACCCCAGUUUUAUGCUCGCUUAGUAAAAAUAAGUUUAAACAUUUCAUGGUGGUUGACAGAACUUUGUCCCCAAACAUGCGGAUUCAAUUCUUUAAAACUCAUUGAACGUUUAUACCAAAGGUCCCGCCCCGCAGGUGUGUAUGUGGUGCACAGAGGGUGAGGUUUGGAGCAUCGGGCGCUGUGUGCAUUGCUAAGGGGACAUAGUGAGACAAUGUGGGAUUUAACUAAAAACACAUCAAUCGUGUGUCACAUUACCAGUGUUGUCAGGUAUUUGUUCUUAAUUGUUAUUGUAAUAUAUUUUCAGUUGUUUUUCUAAUUUAAUUCUCUCCGUCUGUUGUCUGACUGUGAACUGCUAACAGUGUUAAACUUGAUGUAAAUAAAUGAGGCCCGUGAAAGGGACUGCUUUCUCUGUCUUCUCACAA